AUGGUUACUGAGCUGGGAGGCACUGUGACUCUCACUUGUCUUAGUUCAGAUGAGUCAGUGACCAGAUUUAAUUGGUUCAAGCAGAAUGACAGCUAUAACUUGACCAUAUCCAACACAGAGCCAGGGGACUCAGCUACAUACUAUUGUUCCACUAAGUCCAUCUAUGAGCUCACAUAUGGAGAGGGAACUGUAUUAAUUGUCAAAGACUCAGAGUCCAACAGCAUGUCUGUACUCCAGCAGCCUUUGUCUGAGUCAGUCCAGCCAGGAGACUCUGUGACUCUGAACUGUACAAUACACACUGAGACCUGUACAGGAGAACAUAGUGUCCUUUGGUUCAGACAUGGCUCAGGAGAAUCCCGUCCAGGAAUCAUUUACACCCAUGGAAACUGGAGUGAUCAGUGUGAGAAAAGCACUGAGACUGAGAAAAGCUGCAUCUACAACCUCCCCAAGAGGAACCUCAGCCUCUCUGAUGCUGGGACUUACUACUGUGCUGUGGCCUCAUGUGAGGAGAUACACUUUAGGAACGGGACCAAGUUGGACAUUGACGUAUUGUGUGUCACGUUCACCUUGAUCAUUGUCCUGGUUUGCAUCAUGUACAAGAUGAACAACACAACAUGUGUGCAGUGCAGAGGAAUCAUUUACACCCAUGGAAACAGGAGUGAUCAGUGUGAGAAGAGCCCUGAGGCUGGGUCUCCUACACAGAGCUGUGUCUACAACCUCCCCAAGAGGAACCUCAGCCUCUCUGAUGCUGGGACUUACUACUGUGCUGUGGCCUCAUGUUGGGAGAUACUGUUUGGGAACUGGACCAAGCUGGACAACCAAGACAGUGACGUGGUAAACUAUGCAGCUGUGAGUUUCACCACCAAGAAAAGCCCCUCCUCCAGAAGAGAGGGAUCCCAGACCAGCAGAGAGGAUGCAGAGAACUCUGAGGUCAGGUACCUUCAGCAGGAGUGA